CCCUGGGUCGCAAUGGCAACUGUCUUGACAGGACGGCAGCAGCAAGUUUUGUCGUAUUUGUAAUGUUGCGAAGACAUUAUAAGUCGGUGAAGAAACUUCUUUCUAAUGUGAGAAACAAACGUCAAACAAUUUCUCCAGUCCGAAAAUGUCCCAGGGAUGUACAGUUUCUUUGGAAGAGAUCCAGUCAUGGUGGGAAGUCCCCGCCAUAGCCCACUUCUGCUCGCUGUUCAGGACAGCGUUCAACCUUCCAGACUUUGAAAUAGAGGAAUUGGAGAAAGCCCUGUCAGAGCAGGACUUGGACUUCCUCGGGGACCUCAUUGCCUGUCUUUUGCAGGGAUGCUACCAGCGCACUGACAUCAUCCCCCAGGCAUUUAGCAGUUACCUGGACGACAUCAUAAGCUACCGGUGGGAACUGGAAGAGGGGAAGCCUAACCCACUUAGAGAGGGGCCUUUCGAAAAUCUCCCUCUUCGUACUCAGGUGGAACUGCUGCACCGGCUCUGUGAUUACCGUCUGGAUGCUGCCGACGUCUUUGACCUGCUUAAGGGACUGGAUGCAGACAGCCUGAGGGUGGAACCACUGGGGCAAGAUGGAAAUGGAGCCCUCUACUGGUAUUUUUAUGGCACUCGUAUGUACAAAGAAGAGCCAGUCAAGAGGAAAGCACACAAGAUCAGUGAACCCCCUGAACUAACAUUACCAGAGAAAAAGAAAAGAGGAAGACCACCAAAGAAGAGAAAGUUGGAAGACACUCAGCUAAGUGAGUUGGAAAGAGAAGUGUCAGAAAUCAAGAAAGAAAAUGGACUGGAAGACCCACCCCCAAGCAAAGGCCAUAAGCGAGGCAUUUGGUCACUUGUUUGUGAUACAGAAGAACAGUGGGUCAAACUGGCAGAGAGCAUCAAGGACAAAACCUCCCCGCAGGACCGCCAUCUCUACCGUGUCAUCAGCCAGAACUUCCUGCCUGAGAUCAGCAGCAUGAUUGAGCACAAGGAGAGGGAGCAGAAACAGAAACUAUUGGACCCAGCUCCAGUACGCACAUCACAACGGUUCUCUGAAAAACACAUUAAGCAAGAGGAUGAGGACAAUCUGAAGGCUGUGGCAGAGGAGGAGAAGAAGAAAGAUGAAGAGCUGGACAGGCAGGUCCUGCUGGCUGAGCAGCGACGAGAGGAGGAGAGGCUUCUGCAGGAAGAACGACAGAGGGAGAAGAUGGAGAAGAUCAAAGCUGUGGAGGAACGAGCAAAGAGGCGGAAGAUGCGAGAGGAAAGGGCCUGGUUGUUGUCUCAAGGAAAAGAUCUGCCACCUGAACUCUUGAAUCUGGAGCCUUCUUCCCCUGUCCACAGAACACGCAAAAAUAAAGAAUUCUAUGAAAUUGAUGACGACUACACUGCUCUGUACAAAGUGCUUGAGGCCUUGAAAGCCCAUAAAGAUGCUUGGCCUUUCUUGGAGCCUGUGGAUGACUCCUAUGCUCCCAAUUACCAUGAGAUCAUCCAGACUCCCAUGGACCUGUCAACCAUUGAGAAGAAGCUCAAUGAUGGGGAGUAUGUUGCUAAGGAGGAAUUUGUUGCUGAUGUGAAGCUCAUGUUUGAAAACUGCGUCGAGUACAAUGGAGAAGACAGUGAGUACACUAUCAUGGCGGAGUCUCUAGAACGGUGUUUUAGUCGGGCCCUAUUAAAACACUUUCCGUCAGAGGAUGGCGACACAGAUGAGGAAUUCCAUAUCGAUGGAGAAGACAAGGAGCGCAAGGACAAAAAACGCAACCGUGGCAGUAAACACUUGGGACCUGAAAGUCUGAUCAAGGCCACUGAGCAAGUCCAACGUAAGCGGAACUCCCAGGGGGGCAAGGGGAGCACACCUACAGAGGAAGAGGACAACAAGCUGACACGACCACCUCCUCCCCAUCACUGGGCCAGUGGCCCCCCUCAUCUCCACAGCCUGCCUCCAAGCCAACAACGCAUCCAUGAUGACGACAUUAGGGGCAUGUACCACCCAGGGCAACAGCUCCGUCAUCCACCCGGUCACCCUGGUACUCAUGGUCAACACAUGUAUGCUCAAAGAAUGGCUAUGGAUCCCCGCUUUGCCUACCAGGCUCACAUUCCCAGGCAUGGAGACCCCAACUUGAACCGCUUGUCCUGCAACUUUAACAUGCAGUAUCAGCCUCGCCAGCCAAUGCCGCCUAAUGCCUACCUACCUGUAGCUAGUGCCAGAGGCAAUGGUCAGUUGAAAGAGAGCAGUGUGUCACCGCUGGGCUGUGAGGGUUCCAGUGGUGCAAGUUUAGUGUCCCCUGGCCCUGUGUCUGAAGCAGGGCCACACCCUAGAGGCCCAGAGGAGGGGAAGUGUGAAAGUAGGGUGCAGGCCAAUGGAGGCAGCAGCAUGGGUGGCAGCCCAGCAAAGCAGGCUCGUACCGAGAGCUUAGAGCGACCUGAAAGCCCGAAAGAAAUCCUGGACCUCGACAGCCACAAUGCUGCUGCCCGUCGCCAUAGCAUCCAGCCGCCCCAACAGCAACACCCACCUGUCUCUGCUGCAAACUUGACGUCUGGCUUCAUGUACGACCCUCGUGCCAUGCACCCUGGGAUGCAGCAAGGCGGCGUUCCUCCCCCACAUGUGAUGUCUCAGGCCCGAGGAGUUGGAAACGGAAGCCCUUACCCUGGCCAGCCAUACCCAGAUCCAGGACGCUAUGCUGCCCAAAGACCUCACCCACACCUGAUGGAGGCUCUGCAGCGGCCCCAGCAGCUGCCAUACUCCCCGGGUCAGACACGCAUGGCCAUGUACCGACAUCCCCGGCCUGUGGGGAACUUCCAGGGAAUGAUGAUUCAGCAGAGAGGCCUGGCACCACUUCCUACAACCAGGGCAACAAAUGAUGGCUGCUCGAGGCGGCCCUAGCAGUAAACAGGGCGUGUGACAUGCGCCAUGUGAUCACAACAUAUUAUUAUCAAAGAUCCUCUGGACAAAGCAGUGAGCCAAAAGGAAGAAGAUACUGCCAUGCUGACUGGGCAGACAGAGACUACAGAGGGGAUGCUUUGCUCCAUGUACAUCUUUUAAUGAUAUUCUUACACUGGACAAAAACCUUUGGCUCUGUUUUGCCCACCAUUGGACCUAAAGAUCAAACCAGACAGCUGGUAUUACUGAGAUGAUAAUGUGAAAUGUCAUUGAGCCCAGGAGAACAAUUCCCCUGCUCUUCUGGUAGGAACUGGUAGGUAUUCACUGAAUUGCUCAAGGACAGCUCACCCGAAUGGUUGCUUUCCAUCAUGAGCAUUUGAAUUUGGAUCCUCAAGCAGAAGGGCAGCCUUAGUAACCACAAGGCCAACCUGCCAAACACAGGGGGACACUGCCUUCAAGAACACUGGACAGCCCUUUCUUCUUCGAGGAAUCGAAAUAUGAUUGGAUUAGAGGCCACUGAAUACAGCAUGCCUAUCUUGUUCACUGACUGUAGUGCUCGGUAGAGCUGCAAAUCCACUGACAGAACUGAGGAUGACUGUGGUAAAGAGGAAAGGGAUUGUUGUUUUUACUGCUUUUUUCUGUUCCAACCAUAUCUUAAAACUCAGGUGUAGAAAGGAGGUACUAUGAGACUGUCACCCCGACCCACUCAACUCACAGGCCCCUUACAACUGCCUUGGUUUCCUUUGUGAAUGUACGAGUGAAUGUGUAAGUGCAGCAUAGUAGCUGCAAUUGAAAUGGCACCAACACUGAUCAUCUGUCUGAAGCAUAAAAUGUCCUGAAAAGGCCCAGUUACUGUCCAUUUCCAGCCCCAACUCUAACAGUGUUUCUGUUUCUGGAGUAAACACAGUAUAUGCAUCUUUCAGAGCUGCCUUCGUUGAUACGAAUGUCUUUGACUAGCAGACAGGGACCGACAAGGAUGGCUAUAUUUGUAUCUGACUAUACCUGACGCUGUUAUGCACUAUAUGGUUAUUGUUAGUCUAGACAUCCUGGAAUUGAGAGGCCUUGGAUGGACUUAUUUUUAGGCAAUACCUGUUAACAUAUACUGUAUAUGUAUGAAUAUAUAUAUAUAUAUUAAUUAACCCUUCACUGUAGAGAUCUCUUGUCCCGGAUGAGGCAAAUCUAAAAUUCUCACACAGUGACAUAUCCUACCAGCUGGUAUAUGCACAUACACAGAAAAAACAGACACAUCAAAUCCUGCUGUUUUCUUAAGUGUGUCAUUUUUUGCAUUCCAACUACAAAUUUGUAGCUGUAGUUCUAUGUUUUUUCACAGCCCUGCCCUUUGCACGGUUGCUUCUUUGAGUGCUUCCUCGUCCCCAUGUCAUUACUAAACAUAUCCUCAGGGUGUAGAGUUUCUAUAUACGGGUAUUUUUCUGAAUUAUUCUUUGAAAGAGGAGCAGCAAAAGGAAAAUGGGACUGCAACUAUGGCAAAUAAGUCCACUUCAUGUGAAGAACUUGGCUUUUAAGGGUCUGUAUUCAUUGUCCUUAACAACAUUUGGCUUAGCACACCGCCAGUCUAUUAAAACCGUGUUUUGGUUUUUUUUGUUU